AUGGCAUCGACGUCGGCAGAGCUGAUCGUCGCCAAAGCGGCCCUCACAGGCGCCCUUUUUCGAGCAGACCCGCAGUCCUGUUCUCGCGACGAGAUCGAGUCGACGCUCACGUUGCUGAACACGGCCACCGCCGAGUGCUCGCCCUCCAAUGUCCAGUUGUGCGGCAUAUCUGUUUGCCCCGCGCCGUAUGUUCAGAAAUGCAAGCAAUGGGCUCUCACCAACCUGGUUCCGUCCUCUAUGCGGAUCGCUCCCUUUUGCAAGUACCUGAUCGCACUCGUCAAGUCGUAUGGCCAGGGCCAGGCCAAGGAUCUCACCGAGAGCGAGAAAAAGAAAGGCCGUGAGACGUCAGUCAAGCGCAAACGUCUCCAUGCCCUCUACCUUCUCAACGACAUCCUCUACCAUGUCAAGUUCCGCAACCACGAUGACAGCUUCGCUCCCAAGUUAGAACAGGCGCUUCUCGUUUUGGUCAGCAGCGCCUCUUCGUUCACCAACUGCCCGAAGCACAUUCGCAAAAUUCAAGACUUGAUUUCACUAUGGGAGGAAAAGGGUUACUUCUCAGAGGCUGUAAUCAAGCAGCUACGGGUAGCCGUAGAAGACGGGCCAUCAUCGAAUGCUUCUGUCCAGAACACUGCGCAGCCGGCUGCCACAUCUACCAGCUCAAUGCCCAAGCCCGUAAGAGCAGCUCCUUAUAUCAUGCCAGCCAUGCACGGCGAUCCGUCCAUACCAUGGUACGACUUGCCGGCAGGCAACUGGAUGCCCGUACUAGAACCAAACUCUACGAGGCCCAUGAACCCCGACAUGAUUAAGCCUCUUGUGUUGCCCGCAGGACCGGCAGAGAAAACACUCAUGCAGGCGGUUCAGAAACUGCUCGUCGAUGUGGACAACAUCUUCUCCAAGGAUGCCGCGAACCUUGAUGGACCUACACCUGAAAUUGGGCAGAUGGGAGAGAUCAUAGAGAUCGAUGAGAUCACUGGCGAGGUCAUCGGAGGUGAAACCUACUAUGGCUGGUCUCGAAACUUUUGCGAGAAAAUGAAGAAACGGAAUCAGCGCGGAGCUUCGGGCAACGACAGCCGAUCGCGGACUCGAGAAAGAACACGGUCAUCGAGGUCGAGGUCGAGGUCGAGGUCGAGGUCGCGCUCAUACAGCCCCAGUCGAAGUAGAGACUCGAGCCGGGGAUCCGAUGCUAGACCUGCUUUCAAACGCCAGCGGUUGUCAGAAUCGCCAGAAAGAAGGUACCGGAGCCGGAGUAGAUCAAGAAGUCAAAGUCGCAGCCGGAGCCGGAGCCGUGACAGGAGCCGUGACAGAAGUGCCCGUAGUCGUGGCUAUGAUUCACGCAGUCGCUCCAGGUCUCGCUCACGGGGUAGAUACAGGUCUAGAUCCAGAUCAAGAUCAACAAGUCGUCCAGGCUUCCGACAGAGGAGUCCAAGGUACGGUUCCCGUGGUCGAAGUCGCUCUGAGUCUCCUGCUAGACUUAGAGGAGGACAACAUCAACAACCACCUUAUCAUGCUCCUCCACCGCUUACCGGCUUUCCCACGGGGAUGCCGCCUCGCCCACCACAGCACCCGGGCGUCUUCGUACCGCCGCCGCCACCACCGCACAACCAACCAGUCGGUAAUUUCCAUCCGGUCCCGCCUCCCAUCGGCUUUCCUGUUGCUGCCCCUCCUCUCCCAGGACAACCUCACCAACUCCCCAGCUUCCCAGUCCCGCCCCCUCCUCCCCCUCCGCAAAACUAUCAAGGUCAAUGGCCACCUCCGCCGCCCGGCCCGCCUCAUCAAUACUCUCAGCAUCCUCAACAUCCAACUCCUCCGCCGCACAUCACCCCGUCGCCGCCGCCGAACUUCUUCCCACCCGGUGGCCCGAUGGCUGUACCUCCUCACCCUCCCCCAUUCGUUCCUUCUUCGGGCGGUGCUUGGCCGCCUCCGCCGUCGCCGCACUCGAAUCAACCUCCCCAUCAUGCUCAGCAUCAACAGCAUCAGCAGCAGCAACCCCAGUAUCAUCAAUCUCAACAGCACCAAGGUCGUGACUAUCAAGGUUAUUCCCAGCACCAGCCGCGCGAUUAUCAGCAGCACCAGCACCAGCAGGGACGUGAAGGAGACUAUGGAGGAGGAAGCGGAUCGGGUUACAGAGGUGGACGUGGGGGUGGAGGGGCCGGACGGGGUGAUUACGGUCGAGGGGGGUAUGGAGGGCAGCGUGGUGGUGCCCCGUGGGGUGGUGGUUGGGCGUGAUUGAGUAAGUGAGCAAGCAGGUAUCUUCUGCUGGGUUGGUUGGAUCGAUAGAAUAGGGGUGGUCAAGGAAGGAAAUGGUUAUUGAUGAUGAACAGAGACCAACAGAAUUAUUCACUGUAGAUGUGUUCUUAUCGCGUGCUUGGG